AAGUAUAAAAGCGGACAAGAAUGCGAAGCUCAUACAGCAUUAUGGAUUUUUGUGCAACAGUGAUCUUAGCAGGGCUGAUCUUAGCUCUGCUCUGGCUGUUUAGGGUCAAAGGAAGGAAGCAUCGCCUGCCUCCAGGUCCCACUCCAUUUCCUCUGCUAGGAAACCUGCCACAAAUAGACAAAAAUGUACCUUUUAAAAGCAUCCUUAAGUUCAGUGAAACCUAUGGUCCUGUAAUGACCCUGCACCUGGGCUGGCAGCGGACAGUAGUGCUGGUGGGAUUCGAUGCUGUGAAGCAGGCCCUGGUGGAUCAGGCUGAUGACUUCACCGGCAGGAUGCCCGUGCCGUUUCUGUUCAAAGCUACCCAGGGCUACGGUUUAGGCAUCAGUAAUGGGGAGCGUUGGCGUCAGCUGCGACGUUUCACGCUGACAACCCUCAGAGACUUUGGGAUGGGACGCAAGGGGAUGGAAGAAUGGAUCCAAGAAGUGAGCGGAAACAUGAGGGCUCAGAUCCAUACAUUCAAAGGUACGCCCUUCGACCCCACGUUUUUGUUGAGCAGCUCCGUGUCAAAUGUGGUCUGCUGCCUGGUGUUUGGGGAACACUUCAGUUAUGAAGACAAGCAGUUCCUGCGCCUCCUGGGCAUCAUAUCUGAUACUGUACGCUUCAACAGCAGUCCUGCUGGCCAGAUGUACAACAUCUUUCCCUGGCUCGUGGAGCGUCUUCCCGGCUACCACCACACCGUUUUCGCCCAGAUAAAUGAGGCCAGAGAGUUUAUCAAGACCAAAAUCCAGGAGCACAAAGAGACAUUGGACCCCAGCUCCCCCCGAGACUACAUCGACUGCUUCCUCAUCAGAAUGAAUCAGGAAAAGGACCUUCCUGCAAGUGAGUUCAGCUAUGAAAACUUGGUCUCUACAGUAAUAAACCUGUUUUUCGCUGGAACAGAGACCACCAGCUCCACCCUGAGAUAUGCUCUCAACGUGCUGAUCUAAUACCCCAGCAUACAGGAGAAAAUGCAGCAAGAGAUCGACACUGUGAUCGGAAAAGGCCGAUAUCCCAGCAUGGAGGACAGGAAGUCCCUCCCCUUUUCAGAUGCUGUCAUCCAUGAGGUGCAGCGUUUUCUUGACAUUGUCCCCUUCAGCCUCCCUCACUACGCACUGAGUGACAUAUCCUUCAGGGGUUAUACGAUCCCAAAGGACACUGUGAUCCUUCCCUUUUUGCACUCUGUGCUGAAAGAGGAAAAGCAAUGGGCCACCCCCAAUUCCUUCAAUCCCCAGCACUUCCUGGACCAUAACGGCAACUUUAAGAAAAAUCCUGCAUUCAUGCCAUUCGCUGCAGGGAAGAGGGCCUGUGUUGGUGAGGCUCUGGCUCGUAUGGAGCUUUUUAUCAUUUUGGUCUCGCUGCUGCAGAAAUUCACCUUUUCCUGUGCUGAAGGUCCUGACAGCAUAAACCUGAUUCCAGAGUUCAGCAGCUUUGCCAAUUUGCCUCGAAGUUACCAGAUCAUCGCCACGGCACGCUAAGAGGACACGCUUCAUCCAGUCUGACGUCACUUUGAAUCGCUGUGACUAACGAGGAUCUCUACAACACGCUGUGUUGCGUUAAUGUGGUUGAUUCAAUGUACAAUUAAUGAUUGCUGGUGCAGAAUGGAAGACCUUAAAUCCUGAUUGUGAGCUGCCUGUAAGGCUGCCUUUUUGUCUUUGUUAGCUCUAUUUUAUAUAAACAGUUUUUGUUUCUGUUGUGUUAAUUUUUCAAGUUGUUUUCCUGAAGAACAAAUAUGUAACUCUUUGAAUUUUUUUUAAAUAAA